AUGACGGAAACUGCAGGUGCAUUAGGCAAUAUUUUCUCUGACAACCACCAGCUUGCCAGAGAUAGAUAUAAUCUGCUCGAGGCCCUGCUCAGGGACAUCCUUCUCCUCGCAGAAACCUUCGCGCUCACACGCGGAGGCUCUUAUAUAUCGGUCAGAGACCUGGUCGAUGCCUACAAGGUCGUGAGGCGUCCUUUUUCCCCCGUCGCAGCCCGCCUCUACACUCGAGAUGUAUUCUUAACGUCGACAGACCAAAGUUACAUAAGUGUGUCUGACUCGUCAGCAAAGUUCUUUUCCCCACCAAAGCUUUCUAUCGACACGUUCUAUUCGUUCUAUAAAGGCCGACAACCUCUUAUACCUCAGAAUCCACCGAUAGCAGACAUAAUCAGCACAUAUGGUCAGUUCACUGAUGGGGCAGGUGCAUCGAAAGAGGCCACCGAAGAAGGACCCUCUCACAAUGUGAGGCAGUCUAACCAAGAAGGCGUAUCGUUAGUCCCCACUAUUACCCCAGAGCUUUCGUUUUUGGUUAAGGAGGUCUUGUACCAUGCAGAAAACAGUACUAAUGAUAACAAGUCAUACAUGCUACGGCGAAUAUCAAAUGCACAGUUUGAGAAAGUGUCCAAUGCCUUGCCCCAACAUUUGAUACUUCUCAUCGAAAGCUCCUAUGAACAAGGGGACCUCACCAAGCUGCUAUCUAACCUCAAAGUCCUGCUGACGCUGAUUCUUCCCUAUGGAACGCACUUCAUUUCUUAUCUUAAUAUCCUCAUACCGCUCAUGAUCAAACUGUCCGCUGUUAACAAUUUGACAAGCGACUUGAACGUGAGCCCAUCAGACACCGACUUUAGUGCCGUCCUAAGCGCAUGCGAAAUGUUUGAACCGUCAGAUAUUGCCAAGUUGAAGGCACUUGCAUUGAAUGCACAGACAACAGAAUCUAGCUCGGAAAAAAGCAAACUAAAUCCCGGUGUUUUGUCAGCACACAAGCGUAGCAUCAUGAUCCGACAACUAUCUGCAUCUAUCCUCAGUCACCUAGCAAUGCUUGCACUAACAUUUGACCCCCACAUUAACGAGAAGAUAGGGUCUGUUCUUAUCAACACAUUCAUUAAGAAUUCUCAUGGCAUCUGCUCUUGGGGGCUUAUCAGCGCACUCACAGCUGUUUCAAGUAACAACUGCAUCGGAUUAUUUAUGGACAAGCUCCUCUCUUGCUCUGAAAGGGACACGCUCGUUGAGAUCUUGAGGAAGCCAUCUUUACAAUACAGUGUGCUGGGUCUUGACGGAGGCUGGACCCUUUUGAAAGAAAGCGUACGCUCAAGGAUAGAGACAAUUCAGGACCUCACCGGGGGCGAGUUUGUAGACGGCACUGUUAAGCUUUUUAAGAUCCCUCUCAGUGCGCUUGUCGAUUUUCUAGGCCCCGAUCUCCUAUCAUAA